AUGGCCUCCAACUCCACAUCCCUCCCGUCCGCCCCGCGCGUCAACCUGGGAGACAACAUCGUCCUUCAACCCCCUCUUUCACGAUGCGGACAGGGUCCAGGCCUGGUUUUGAUAAGAUCAGCCAAUGUUGCAGAAUGCCAAAGCAAAAAUACCAGUCUAGACCCAGAGCCGCUGCAGAAGUGGACCGAGGAAAGCUAUGCAGUCGCGCAGAUCACUUUCGACUUGGAUUCCAGCGCAAACGCUUCUUUACUGUCGGUCAGAGUUGACAGCGCAAUUGCCGGCUUAAUCGCCCUGCCUGAAUGCAAUGACAAGGAAAAAUUUGGCAUAUUAGUUUACGGCUCCCAAUCCGAUUACGCCCCAACAUUCAUCCACUCACUGCUGGCCCACAUCAGUGGCACAAAUAAGUUUGCAGCCAUAGUAUACCACAGCAUUUGGGACGCUUCAUCCAAUACUCCAACACUCACACACAUCCCGGGUUCCGAAGCAUCCACUACCAAUGGUACCAACUACGUCUACCCCGACGUUGUCUCCCCAGGCUUCAUCAUCCCUGGUCACCCCGACUUCAAAUACUCCACUGCCAGUGUAGCGCAUACCCGUUCCCUCACCUUCCUCAAGAGUCACCUGAACGGGCCAUACUUCGACCUGGAGAAAAUCUGGGCCGAACACACAUACUACGAAUUCGAUGUUCGAUCUGUCGAAAAGACCAUGGCCACAAUGGUUCAAGAACCAUAUGUGAACCAUAUCCCGACCAUGACCGGCGGCAUUGGCCGCACCAAACUAAGCAACUUUUACCUCCACCACUUCAUCUUCAACAACCCCGACGACACCGCUCUAGAGCUGAUAAGUCGGACUGUGGGUAUUGAUCGCGUUGUGGAUGAGUUUAUUUUCUCCUUUACGCAUGAUAAGGAGGUAGAUUGGUUGAUCCCCGGCAUUCCCCCAACCCACAAACCACUUCGCAUCCCCUUCACAUCGGUCGUCAACAUCCGCGGCGACCGACUCUACCACGAGCACAUCGCAUGGGAUCAAGCGACUGUUCUCGUUCAGUUGGGUCUCCUGCCACAGUGGUUGCCUUUUCCGUACCAACUACCGGACGGGAGGACACCCGCGCCAGGGAAGAGAUUUGAAUACAAGGUGCCUGCUGGAGGCGUAGAGACCGCGGAGAAAUUGAAGGACGAGAGUGCGGUGGAGUCGAAUGGGAUGUUCGGGGUGGGGAUCAGGGAGGUGGAUGAUUCGUGA